UUCUCAGCCCAGACGGUUGCCCUAGAUUUGCCAAAAGGACCCUUUGGGAGAUGGCUGGACCCUUUCUGUCUCCCCUGCCGAAUGAUCUUCUAACAGAAUACAUGUUCGGAAGACGAAGACAGCGGAGAAAUCGCACAACAUUCACUCCCCAACAGCUUCAGGAGCUGGAGGCUCUUUUUCAAAAGACUCACUAUCCUGAUGUCUUCCUACGCGAGGAGGUGGCUCUCAGAAUCAGCCUCAGCGAAGCCAGAGUUCAGGUUUGGUUUCAAAAUCGCCGAGCAAAGUGGAGAAAACAGGCUCGUCUGCAGCUUCUUCAGGAUGCCUGGCGGAUGCGAUGCCUGAGCUUAGGUACUCCCCCAAUGAUGAUGGGACGUCCUCCUGGAGCGGAAGUCAUUCAUGCCAGUUCCCCGCCCGUGGGAUCAAAUAUUUCAGGACCAGUCAAUGAGAAGCCUCUUCUGGCUCAUCCAGACUCUGCUCCCUGUCCUCCUGCCUCGAAUGGCGUGAGCGAUCCUGGGUUCACUCUCAUGCAUCCGGCUUUUCAGCCACCUACCAGCAAGUCUUCCUCCAACACUACUCAAGAGCAAUCACUGGCCAAGACCCCUCCACGACCUGAGAAGCACGAGGAGUCCCUGAACAAUAACAAUGUGGCAUUCCCAGCUCAAGAAAAUUCCGAAUCAGAUGCUUCGUCGGAAUCUGAGGAGAUCGACUUGACGUCCAAUGGAUGUAUUGAUUACUCGAGGAAGUAGUUCUGAAGCUGUCUGGAACAUCAAUCUCUCACCGGUUGGAGAUUGAGCUUAAAACUCGAUUAUCUUUAGACGUUCUUGCGUGAAAUUGAAAGGAAACUCGUCUCAAUAAA